CCGAGCCCUAGCGGGGUUGAGGCCGCCCAAAACGCGCUGCGAGCUAGCGAAUAUGGCAGCAGAAUGAGGAGCCUUGCGCCGGGUCGUGGUCGCCGCUGCGGUGCUGCAGCUCGAAAUCCGCGCUUGGCACACCACGAACCGCAUUCUUAGUCGGCCUCCGGGUUAUUUCAUUCCGCACCAAGGACCGCGCAGAAAGGAGAUCCGUAGCCCAGAGAGGGAGCUAGGAAGCGGGAGCGCGACCCGGGAGAGAUUCUGCGGGGAUGAGCCGGCCAUGGGGCGGCCUCGGCGGGGCGCACGGAGACGGCUGGCGCAUCGGCGGGACCGCUGCCUGAGCCCGGGCUCCACGGGACUUCGGGGCCUCGUGCGUCCCGGCGGAGUCCCUGACGCUGUCUCCGGGAAGGGCACGAUACCUGCGUGGCGGACACUGCAGCGAUCACAGCACUGAGGCUCCCGGAGCCUACAAGGUCUGCGGUUCGGUGUGCUGUCACACCGCCGCACGCGGGCGCCUUGCCCGGGGCUCGGCUACUGGUGCAGCGCAGCGAGGUCGGCUUCAGGAGCCGGGGACUGCGGGACUAGCGGGAGAGGCGUGCGCGCGGGUGUUCGAUUGGAGAUCCCGGCAGAAGCAGAGCCGGACGGACCUGAGCAGCCAUGCUUCCCGGGGUGGGCGUGUUCGGCACCAGCCUCACGGCCCGUGUCAUCAUCCCGCUGCUGAAAGAUGAGGGCUUCGCGGUGAAGGCACUGUGGGGCCGCACUCAGGAAGAAGCCGAGGAGCUAGCCAAGGAGAUGAGUGUUCCUUUCUACACCAGCCGCAUCGAUGAGGUGCUGCUGCAUCAGGAUGUAGAUUUGGUGUGCAUCAACCUGCCGCCGCCGCUCACCAGGCAAAUCGCUGUCAAAACCCUGGGCAUAGGCAAGAAUGUCAUUUGUGACCGCACCGCCACGCCGCUGGACGCCUUCCGCAUGAUGUCAGCAGCCCACUACUACCCGAAGCUCAUGAGCAUCAUGGGCAACGUGCUGCGCUUCCUGCCAGCCUUUGUCCGCAUGAAGCAGCUGAUCGAGGAGGGCUAUGUGGGCGAGCUGCUGGUGUGUGAGGUGCAGGUGCACAGCGGGAGCCUGCUGGGCAAGAAGUACAACUGGAGCUGUGACGACCUGAUGGGCGGUGGCGGCCUGCACUCUGUGGGCACCUACAUCAUCGACCUGCUCACUUUCCUCACUGGCCAGAAGGCGGUUAAAGUCCACGGGCUGCUCAAGACCUUUGUAAAGCAGACGGACCACAUCAAGGGUAUCCGUCAGAUCACCAGCGAUGACUUCUGCACCUUCCAGAUGGUCCUGGAGGGUGGAGUGUGCUGCACCGUUACCCUGAACUUCAAUGUUCCUGGAGAGUUCAAGCAGGACGUGACCGUGGUGGGCUCUGCAGGGCGGCUCCUGGCAGUGGGCACCGACCUCUACGGGCAGCGCAAUAGCGCCCCGGAGCAGGAGCUGCUGUUGCAGGACACUACAUCCGUGAGCAACUCCCUGCUACCCGAGAAGGCAUUCAGCGACAUCCCCUCGCCCUACCUGCGGGGCACCAUGAAGAUGAUGCAGGCAGUGCGCCAGGCUUUCCAGGAUCAGGAUGACCGGCGCACGUGGGACGGUCGGCCUCUCACCAUGGCUGCCACCUUCGACGACUGCCUGUAUGCUCUCUGCGUGGUAGACACCAUCAAGAGGUCCAGCCAGACUGGAGAGUGGCAGAACAUUGCCAUCAUGACCGAGGAGCCAGAGCUGAGCCCCGCCUACCUGAUCAGCGAGGCCAUGCGCAGAAGCAGGAUGUCCCUCUACUGUUAGCACUGGGACCUGGUGGACUCGACCUGCUGCAUGGUGCCAGUUAGGGGGAAAUGCACUGUGGAGAGGGUAGCCGUGGGUGGGGAUUGUGGGAGGGGCAGCAUGAAUGCGCGGCACCUAAGAAGGUAGUCCCCAUCCUAGGUAGAGGGCCCCAAUCAAGGUGGUGGUGAGCCUGAGAUUUCGUGUUCAGGAAGGCGUAUGAAAGGAAGGGGGGGGGUAUAACUAGCACCUCUGUAGUCCAUUACUGUGAGAAGCAAGGAGGGGCCGCCCCUGCCCUACCUCAUCCAUCCAUCGUGGCCAUCUUUGCAAGCCAAGGCUGUGUAUCUGAUAAGCUCAGUGGGAGCUAGGCUCUCUGUCAGCGCCCCCGACUGGCAGGAGAGGGCACUUCAUCAAAUGUCU